CCCGAAGAUGUUACCUCCCUAUCGACACUCGUUGCCCGCUCGUUCCAUCCCGUUAACCCGUAUAUUCGAAAGUGCUUCCCGGACACACCAGCAAUGCGGCGCUGGUGGCGCGGCAACUUUAACGAACAGAUCGCGAGGCCAACUUGUCACGUCCUAAUUGCGAAGGACCGCAUGAGUGGGGAGUCACUUGGUGUUCUGUGCCUACGGCUUAUGAACCCUUUUGAUCCGGAACCUGGCAUCUUCACCGUGGACAACCUCACCCCAGAUCACGAUGUGGAGGCAUAUAGACCAAUGAUCGAGAGCAUGUCUCACUACAACAAGCGGCUUAUGCAUGGUAAAGUUCAUUUCAUGGUUGAGCUUUUCGGAGUCGACUAUGCGUACAAAGGCCGCCACAUUGGCACGAGGUUGUUCCAGCAGGCUUGUGCAAUCAGUGACGCUGCUGGUUACGAAACAUUUGUUCAAGCCAACGCAAAUGCCCGAUCAUUCUAUCUCAAGCAAGGAUUCGAGGUUAAGGAUAUGACUGUAAUGCCUGGGAAGGAUGAGUACGAGGAGUACUUCCUCGUCCGG